CAACAGUGGUCGGUUUUGAGUCGGUACACCUUUUUAAUCUCGACCCAGGUUCGGUUGCUGUCAAGUCUUGGCAUUCUGGGACUGUGGCUGUAUCAGAGAUCCCUUGUGCGGCUCAUCCUCUCUAGCGUACGAGUAACAGUACGACAGGAGAUGGCUGAUGGAUCAUCACCGGGCCACCCUACCAGCGUAUUUCCUCGACACACUGCGGCGUCGCGAAGACCUUCCGUAACGUCCUGUCGAUCAGGCUUAGCAUCAGAUCCUGUUGGGGUCUGUCGAACGAGACGCCAGGCACAACGAGAGAACACCCUCCGUUUCCCCUGUGUGCCCCCCGUCUGCUGACCGCCCAGGGUAGUCUUGGAACUUCUUGGAACUGAAACUGCAAGCGAGUCCAGUACCGCAACCAUGUUCAUGUCUAAAGGGAAUAAGGUAGUAUGCUUGUUGUCUUCUCAUUGCUUGGUACGAGGAGUACUCCGUAUACGAGCUUUCGAAGUGGAGGACGACAACCAUCGACGAUACCGCAGGCGCGGGAUUCGGCUCACAUCCUAGUCCAGGAACCUCCCCUUCCAGCCUCCCCGCGUCCAGCAUUUUGGUGCUGUUCGACAUCAUCAGCGCAGCCCCGACGAGUUUUGAACGAGUCCCAUCUUUUGCGGCUAGCUCAGUCCGAGCAACCAUCGCAAGCCGUCAUAGCCCAUGGCCCUGUCUCUCCACCCCCUUUCAGACCCUUUCCAUCUGGUAUCCCGACUCUGAGACGUUUCUGGUCCUACGCGGCAGGCCGAUCAGAGUUUGACGCCUUCUAGUCGAGGCCCUUUUCGUCCAAACUUGGGGCUUCAACCCAUGCCUUCGUCACUUAGUCGAAUGGAGACUCGCGAAUGGACCAAGUGCCGUGCCAAAAGGGGGGGUGCCUUGUCAACUCGUCUGUGGAGGGACGAAGACGCAGAGGUCGUUGAGCAAGAUAUAAUAUCUUCUCAAACCCGCUCAUCAGCCCACCAUUGCCUGACCAUCCGUACAUCUCAUUCCACUGUUGGCCCCUGAUCGCUUGACGCGACCCUUCAUUCCUUUCUCUUGUAAUCCAGUUGCUGUCAUUUGCUGCCGGUCAGCCAAUCAUUCUUUUCAAGAUGCACUACCCAUCCUUUGGCCACUUCCUCUUGGCGAGCAUCCUUGCCGUCCAAGGUGUUCAGUCGUUGAACCUCAUCCCCACGGGUCAGGUCGCCAGACGCUAUGUAGCUCCCGCCUUGGCACUCGCCAUGCCUGCCCUGGCUGCGCCCCAGGCUGCCAGCAUCGAGGCUCGUGAGCCUCACCACCGCGGCAAGAAGACCAAGAAGGCCAAGGCCGCCAAGCGCGAGGAGUCUGCUGUUGACGAGGCCCUUGAGGCCCGUGAUAUCGAGGCUCGUGAGCCCCAUCACCGUGGCAAGAAGACCAAGAAGGCCAAGGCCGCCAAGCGUGAGGAGUCUGCUGUCGAUGAAGCCUUUGAGGCUCAUGACAUCGAGGCCCGCGAGCCCCACCACCGUGGUAAGAAGACCAAGAAGGCUAAGGCCGCCAAGCGCGAGGAGUCUGCCGUCGACGAGGCUCUCGAGGCUCGUGAUAUUGAGGCUCGUGAGCCCCACCACCGCGGCAAGAAGACCAAGAAGGCCAAGGCCGCCAAGCGUGAGGAGUCUGCUGUCGAUGAGGCCCUUGAGGCCCGCGAUGUCGAAUCCCGCGAGCCCCACCACCGCGGCAAGAAGACCAAGAAGGCCAAGGCUGCUAAGCGUGACGAAUUUGUCUCUGAGGAGGCCGUUGAGUCUGCCGAGCACGAAAUCGAGGCCCGUGAGCCCCACCACCGCGGCAAGAAGACUAAGAAGGCGAAGGCCGCCAAGCGCGACGAGUCCGCCUCCGACGAAGCCAUCGAGUCUGCCGAGCACGAGAUUGAGGCUCGCGAGCCCCACCACCGCGGCAAGAAGACCAAGAAGGCGAAGGCUGCCAAGCGCGACGAGUUCGCUUCUGAGGACGCUGCCGAGCACGCCGUUGAGGCUCGUGAGCCCCAUCACCGCGGCAAGAAGACCAAGAAGGCCAAGGCCGCUAAGCGCGACGAGUACGCCGCCGUUGAGGCUCGCGCUUUCACCGCUUAAGGGGGGUUGUCCAACUUUGUGGCAGACAUGGGGGCCAACAACUUAAUGCUCUGACCCGGGCAACCCUUGAGUUGAGACGACCGCCAGUUCUUCCUUGUAUCUAGAGUCCGAAAUUCACAGCAAAUUACAUCAAGUUCGGAUUCGGUUGACUGGUUCGGGUUCGCAAACAAACUUGGCCAAUGCUGUGUUGUGUAGACUAGAAAAUCAGCUUCUCAUUUUUCCAUAUAUUUUUAACAGUAAUAAUGACAGUACCAAAGUGCAUUUUCUCUUGGCCCAAACAUGUCCUUGGUCGUGCGUCGUUGACCGUGAAACUCUACUGCCGUCGCAAGGCCGGCAGACUUCGGUCUGAUUCUUUUUUCUCCUUUGCUGCUUGCAUGAACCGCAACGUGUUGCGACGAAAUUAGUGUUUCGCCUCAAAGUCAUUCCUGACGUUGGGAUGAUGUCGAAACAUCUCGGAGCCGGACCGGCCGCCCAUUGCGGAGGCGGGGUGACUGGGACACCCCUCGCUAUCGCGCUCGUAACGUCCGUAUGGUGGAUGCGAAAGCAGCGGAGACCCCGAUCAAGAUCCCAAAGACCAGUUGACGGACAUCCAUGGUGGGAAUACGCGAAUAAUUGACCCGGGACUGGCGUUAUCCGAAAAUGCCAUGACGUGUGUCGUUUGUUGGAGCCACACGACCCAGCGACUUGGAGGCUCACGGAUUUCCACCUUGCCAAGAGUUAUUGUUCGAACGUGAUCUACCAGGGGCGCCCAGUGAUUCGUUUCGGAAAGGAUCAUUGCCAGGAACUGCGAGCCUAGGGUCGCAGCAACUCGUCGAGAUCGCUUUCGGUCCUUUCCCCAAGAACCCCCGUGGUCUUC